GAACCGCACCCGGUCUUUUGCAGUUCUCAUCGCUUUCCCUGUUGAAGCGAGCACCGUCUCGACAUCGGCUCCGGGCGAAUCAUUAUCGUCGUCGUCGUCAUCUUUUCCGCUCUCACUUGGAACCCAAUUCGUCUUUUGCCAUCCUUGUUCUAUUUGUUGUUUCUCCGACCGCCCCGUCACCUGUAAAACCUCGGACCAGAAAGAACCCCCAAGUUCAAUUAUUUUCGUCGUUUCGCUGUAGUGGGCGAUGAAAAGAGGAUACCCAGAACCGUCUCCAUCCACGUCUCUCUCCCCCCCUCAAUCCAGAUUCAAGUACAACCCCGAAGGUGAUGCCCAGUUUUUAGAAGAUGAAAGCACCAAGAUUUUCGCCCGGAAAGUUGCCGAUCAUUACAGUGCGAGGACGAACCAGACACUUGAAGAGCGGGAAGCUAGUCCCAUUAUUCACUUGAAGAAACUUAAUAAUUGGAUUAAAAGUGUCUUAAUUCAGCUCUAUGCCCGACGUGGGGAUGCAGUUCUUGACCUUGCAUGUGGCAAGGGUGGUGAUCUCAUUAAAUGGGACAAAGCAAAAAUUGGGUAUUACGUUGGGAUAGACAUAGCUGAAGGCUCGAUAGAAGAUUGCCGUACCCGUUAUAAUGGUGAUGCAGACCACCAUCAACGACGUAAGAAGUUCACAUUUCCGGCACGCCUCAUAUGUGGAGAUUGUUUUGAGGUUCGAUUGGACAAAGUUUUGGCUGCAGAUGCACCGUUUGACAUCUGUAGUUGCCAGUUUGCUAUGCAUUACUCCUGGUCAACUGAAGCAAGGGCUCGUCGAGCUUUAGCCAAUGUGUCAGCUUUACUUCGUCCCGGAGGUACCUUCAUUGGAACAAUGCCAGAUGCCAACGUGAUAAUAAAAAAGCUUAGAGAAGGGGAGGGGCUUGCUUUUGGCAACAGUGUCUACUGGAUACGCUUUGACGAAGAAUACUCUGAGAAGAAAUUUAAAUCAUCAAACCCCUUUGGAAUCAAGUACACGUUUCACCUAGAGGAUGCUGUCGAUUGCCCUGAAUGGAUUGUUCCCUUCCAUGUCUUCAAAGCUUUGGCAGAAGAGUAUGAGUUGGACCUAGUUUUUGUGAAGAACUCACAUGAAUUUGUACAUGAGUAUUUGAAGAGGCCAGAAUAUGUGGAAUUGAUGCGAAGGCUUGGAGCCUUGGGGGAUGGUAAUCAAGACCAAAGCACACUAUCAGCAGAUGAGUGGGAAGUAGCCUAUUUAUACUUGUCAUUUGUAUUGAGGAAGAGGGGCCAACCAGACAGAUCACAAGUCAAUGGUGGAAGAGACAAAGGGAAGAUGCAUCUAGAAAAAGAAGAUAUCUUGUACAUAAAUAACGAUCUUUAGACUGACCAUGCCUUUCUAGUCCACGAGGGCCAAUGCGAUAUACCAGCAAAGCAGAGCAUGAAGCAGCAAAUUUUACCAUAUUCAAAAGGCUGUACUUCAUCCUGUUGCUCUAUUGCAAGCUUCGAAAGGUUGCUUUGAAUUUUGUAGCUCCUUGAGAAUAGAUCGCAACAGAAAAACCAGGAUCUUGUACUAUUGGUGAUUUUUAAGAUGCGUAGUCUUGGUGGGAAUACAAUGGACUCGCUCAAUUGCAUUGUUCAUUGUAAAA